UCGGGCCUCAACAGGGGUGAAGGUGACUCGGCUGUCGUGGAGGAGAUGCAGAGGAAGCGUCGCGGACGCUCGCUCUCAUCUAUGACAGCUGAGAAACGACCGCAUUCAAGGAUCGACCUCACCCUCCCAAACGGACUGUAGAGGUUUUCCCUGCGAAGUGGUUUUACCCGUGGACGCGUAUGCAUGUGUUCUGCACCGAACGGGCGAAAGAAGCGCCCCAGAUCCGCAGCCAACAUUUUUCACAUCGGCAAAUCCGCGCUGCAGGAUCCAGAGCGUCGGGAGAGCACCGAGAGCGCGCGGAGAGCUCAGCGGGCGAUGGAUGACUGUAGAUCGACUGUCCAGGAGUUCAACACUCUUGUGGCCCUCCACCGAGAGCAGGUCAUCUCCAUUGGAGAGAAUACAAUCGACUGUCCUGCUUUAAGGGCGCAGAUGCACAAGACUCGAAUCAAAGGAUGCGCAGUAGCCCAGUCCGCCUAUCACAACCUUAUCGCGAUCUCUGGUCCAGAGGAUGGUGAAAUCCACCCCGAAAUAUGCAGAUUAUUCAUCCAGCUUCAGUGCUGCCUGGAGAUGUACAUUACAGAGAUGCUCAAGUCUUUGUGUCUGUUGGGUGUGCUGCAGCUUCAUAGGAAAGGAAAUGACGCCUGUCCUGAGCCUAACACCGACUGCAGGGUGGACGAAAGCUCUGAUGUGCCGAUGCUGGAAGAUCGAUCGUCAUCACCUGUAGACUUUCCACAGGAAUCUUGGCUUGUGUAUACAGACACUGAAAACAUAGAGAGUGAUAUGCGAGAAAUGAGGAACCUACUAAGCAAACUCAGGGAGACAAUGCCUUUACCACUGAAAAAUCAAGAUGACAGCAGCCUGCUUAAUUUGACUCCUUACCCGCUGGUGAGGCAAAGGAAGAGACGGUUUUCUGGGCUUUGUUGCCUUGUGUCUGGCUGAAUCCUCAAUACUCUCAAGUCUUCUUUUCUGAUCAUUGUUAGUGCUUGUCACUUUCGUGUCUCUUGACAUUAGUUUUGUUAAUGGACAGUUUUUAAACUGCUUGUAUUUAAGUACAGAAUCUCAUUGAUUCAAAAUUCCACUUACAGCCCAUUGUUAGUUACAUUCAGAGUUUUAUGUCAUUUGUAGUGCAACCAUAUGAUUGUAUAAAAAAGAAACUGAAUGAAAUCUUUACAUGCACAAAUACUAACAUCUAUCGCCAAUCUUUUUAUUUUAUACUCAUAGAGCAAGAGGAUAUAUCCUAUUCUCUCACACGCAUUUAUUCACUGUGCAAUGCUUUUAAUUUAGUCUUCCAUACAGAGAAAAUGUUGUAAAACAUUUAUAUUAGUUUUUAAGGGCAUAUGAGCUCACUGCACUAAAGCCAUUGCUGUGUUAUUCUAAGCUUGAAACAAAUGUAACACAAUAAAUUAAUUUAUG